AUGGUAGAUGGAAUAAGAGGAUAUAUUGAUAGUUUUGGGGCUUGGAUGUUGAAAUACGCUAUGGCUGCUCCUACAACUGUAUCUGCUUUGGUUUAUUCAUCAACUUUUGUUACAGCAGGGCGGAUUAUUGCUUUAUCAGCGUUGAGUCAAUUGGGUCUUAUAAUGAGAACUAUUGGAUUAGAUUAUUUAUUAUUAAUUAGGUUUUUUCAUUCAUUAACUCGUGCAUUAUUAAGGCUUUAUUAUUUGUGUGCGGGUAUUAUUAUUCAUUGUUUGAAUGAUCUUCAAGAUUUUCAUGCAAUAGAUAGAAUUUUUAUAACAAAACGGGCGCACCCGGGGCGUGCUGCACCUGCUGGUGAAGCGCGGCGCAACGUGCCUUCGCAAGACGGAGCUGGGCUUCAACGGCCGCUGCAGCUGGCCGCCUACCACACGACUGACAGCGGGCGCCUGCGUGGCGCUGCUGGUGGAAAGGCGCCGACGUGCACGCGCGCACGCGGGCGGCAAACGGCGCUGCACUUCGCCGCCGAGAGCGGCAACUGGCGCCGCGUGCGUGCGCUCCGCGCCGCGGGUAACUAUGUUGCUACUUCUCGCCAUUGA